AAUAAUGUCAAAUAUGCACUUUUGAGUAGAUCAACUAUCCUUUUGCUAUUGACACAAAUGUCACAUUCAGUACUUUGAAGUACUUUUCCAAUCGAGAAACUUUAUUAUUAAAUCUUUACAAUAUUUUCUGCACAUAAGCAGUAAAUACUUAAUUAAAUAUUAAAAAGAAAAAUUCUAAUGAUGCUAUUAAAGUAAGGCAGACUUUUACCUGAAGAUGUAAGAUUCUGCAGACUCCCUCUCUGCAUUUUUACAUGAUAGCAAGUUGUCUUAAUUAAUGGCUAUUCACAAAGUUCAGAAACUACUUUCCUCAGUACAAGAAGCAAUACUUCCUCAAAAGUGUUAUGGAAACUGUUGCAGGGGGCUGUUUGAUAUUAGGCUAUGAACUCAUGGUAAUUUUUAGAUUCAAGAAAAAAAGGGGAAGAUGAUGAGGAACAGAUAUAAAAUCAAAAGAAGAAAAGUAUUUGCAUAUUUGAAGAUAAAAUUUCCAGUUUUAAUCCUCAAUGUAUAAACAAAGCUUAUUUUGCAUCCAUACAGAAUUUUAAAUUAUUAAAUAGCAUAUGCUGGGCCAGUUGGAAACUCUAAAGAGAUUUUUACAAUACAACAUUCUUGUUUAAAUCCAUAAGUCUUACUCUUUAUUAUUUUAAUUUUUUUUUUAGGUUUUUUUUUUUAGUUUUUAAACUAACGGAAGAUUACAGUAAGACAAUCAGGAAUAUGAACUCUAAGAUUAAGAAGCAUAGAAAAUGCACUUUAGUAUGUAGCACAAUAUGUCAUCUCAUAUAUUUUGGCCAGUUAUAAUACAUAUUUUUAGUCAACUAUCAAAGUAUUUUCAAGGGCAUAAAAACUGAAUCCUCUUCCCCAGAAAGCAGGAAGAUGAGCUACUAGAUGAACUAAUAGAUGAACAGAAAUUCCUUCUCCAUGGGCAACUGAAAGAGUUUCUGUACAGGAAAACAAACCUUCCUGCUCCACCCUGAGGAGGAAUUUACAACAGCUUCAGAAUGGCCUCUGCUUUUAUUGUGAUUUAUUGGCUGGGACUUCAGAAUCUUGGAGAAGCAGGAUCAAAUUGCAUCUUUUAAGUUUACUGCACACAAGGAAAAUAGAAGAGAAUGACUGUUUUCUGAUGGAUCUGAAAGGCAAGAAAGUGCCUUUGGACUUGCCAGUUGAACCAAUUUACAGGGAUCACCAAUGGUAUCCAAGUCUGUUGAAGAAGAUGUGUAUGUCUGUUAUGAGGGGUCUUGAGAGCAAUCACGGUUUUGCCAGCUUUGAAGAGAACAGUAAUUAUUUCCUUAAAUUCUCUAUUGCCCCUCCAGUAGGGGCAAAUUAGCUUUUAUUUCUACACCAGGAUAUUGUGCCUUUAAUAGAUUCCUGCUCAGGUUUUGUGAGUCCAGCAGCAGGUGCUGAACAUCAGCUCAGAGUUGGAAGAGCUCUUGAAUCCCUGGCAGACUGCAGUAAUAGGAAACCCAGCAGAAUUCCCACCACAUGUGAGAGAGCCCAGCCUGACCACAGGAGACCUCCUGGAGGACACCAGCCAGGACAGAAGAGGGAAGUCCAGGUUUUUAAAACUUUUUGAUCUAGAGCUUACAAAGGAGCUCCUUGGGAUAAUAUAUUUUCUUCCAAAAUACAGCCUCCAAAAUCAACAGGGGAGAUGUUGGAUGAUCCUUCCUAGUACUUCACAAAAAGAAGAUACAAUCCCAAACCUAAGAUAAGCCAAGUUGUUGGAGGCUUCUGGAACAGGUUUCAAACAAGAUCUUUUACCUCUCCACAGAGAUCUGGUGAUUUAACUAGAGUUUUGGAGCAUGCAGUGUAUAGUUCAGCUGCCUCCACCAGCUGUCUUAUGAAUAAUGUACAUAUCUUUGAUUUACUUUUCAUCUGCCGUGUUGGUGCAAUAAAUUUUGAAGACAGUGCUGGUGUAGACUUAGUCCAACUUAAUCAUGUUCAGACUUCCAAACUUCAUUGCACAAGCACUGCACACUAUCCAAAUAUUCCUGGAUACACUGGCAAGGUUCAUUGGUCAGCAACUCACCCAGCAAAUUCUAAUCUUCCAUCAACAUCCCCAUCAGUAAUUGCAGGAAUGCAUGGGUAGGUAUGAGGCAUAUUUCUCAGCUUGUUCAGAAAAAUUACAAGGAAAAUCAUAAUUGCAUUUAUUUAGUUAAAGAACAAUUUAAUGUUACACAUUAUAUUCUAUUGGCUUACAAAAUACAGAAGAGUUGGGGUUGGAUCCCACCACAUUAUUUUAAUGCUGAAAAUCUGAAGUCCUUUUGAGGUUUUAGAAUUUUUCUGGAAAAUUGUAUUGUGUUGGGAAGGUGACUUUUUUUAACAAAUGUUUUUGGUUUUUUUCAAAGAGGCCUGUGUAUGUCAAAGUUAUCAAUUCCCAAAAGAAAACCAUGUGGAGUUUCUCAACGGGUCUCAGCAGACUUAAGAAACAGAUAUUUGCUAUGAAAAAUGGUUGUUAAAAAUUGAUGGGUUCAAUUAAAAGACAAUGAGAAGCAAAGUCAUACCAGGCCACCACACAGAUGUAACCUAGGACUCUGUGAUUUUGAAGUCAUUACAGCUCGCUAUCACUAUCAUGGCUGCAUCAUGAAGUGAAUUAAUAAUCUUUCUUAUUUUUCCAUACAAGGCUGCUUAAAACUGGGAGCAAUACAAGUAUUAAAUGUCUAACUUGUUGAUUUCAAAAGAUCUGGGCACUUCAAAAUUGCUGAAAAAUCCUUUUCCUUUUGUUAGCAUGAAGAGCUUCUGAUGCUGGCAAAUAACUAACUAACCUUUCUCCCUAAUAGCUUAGUAACUAUUUAUUUCUCCUCUCUCCUUUAUGUUUCUGUGCUUUCGAUUCUGUUUUCUUGUUAUCUAUGCUGAUCUAGGAUAUGGGGACACUCUUCCAAGUUUCCAUGUUUUCCUGAAAAAUUCAUCUUCUAAUUAAACUUUUAAUUUGUCUUAAGACUCUGUUCACAGCACAUCACACUUUUUUUCAGCACUGUCAGUGAAAAGUAUCCAGCAAAGGCUUGGGGAGAUUUACAAAGCUGCAUGGCUUUUAAAGAGUCCACAUUGUCAAGAGUUUCACCAUUUUGAUGAAUGUCCUGACUUACUUUUCUGCUGCCCUCCAUCCAGCCACCUCUGUUCUUUUUCUCUUGUGGUUAUACUUGGAAAAUAGGCAGUCACCUGCAGUUAUGGGCUGUUGUUGACAGGGAAUGGAAAGAUGCAACAAAGUCCUGAGUCUCCAUAAUCUGAUAAAGCUGAACACAAAGCAGCCUCAUGCAACUCUAAAUUGCUUUUAAAUGUCACAGACAAAUAAAAAAGAUAAGUGCAUCUUAGCAAAGAUCACUGAAAGUCUUCAUUUGGGUACCAGAAUUCAAGAGCAAAAAUGACAGGCACCACUGUGAUCUGAAGAAAAAACAUCAGUUACUUCCUUUUACUUUACACAGAUGUUACUGUGGGUGUAGUUCACAGUGGAGGAAUUUUCUUCAUUUUUAAUGUACAGCAAGAACAGGGUUCUCAUUCUGCACUAAUGGAUACUUUCCAGGACAGAAUCUCCUGACCUUUUUGAAGUAGGUUGUGUAUGAAUAAACUAGUGAACAUAAUCACAUCCAGAGAUUGUAGAGCAGGUUUUUCCACCCUUAGCCUGAGCAAAUGUACCUAUGUGGUACAUUUCCCUGAGGAGAUAGUAUCUCUGAUAGCAAAAUUGUAAUAGGUCUAUGGUCCUAUUUGUGGAGUAGGACCAUAGUCCUUAGUGUUCACUGAGCUAAGAUGGAACAUUCUAGUCCUCCAUGGAACUGCUAUAUAGAACUAUGAUGGAGGCUGAGGAUCUCCCCUCAAUAUUAAUUACCAAUGCCCCUAAAAGAUACAUGCUUAAAGUAUUUGAUUCCUUCCCUUUAUAAAAUAAAUUUUAAAAAUUCCUGCUGAUUUCAGGGGUCACAGGUCAGGCUAGACUGUAGUGGAGAGGUGAAGAGAGAUUAUUCCCAUAAUUUGGGGUCAGACAAUUCCAUGUACUUUUGAUCUAGGAUAUGAUCUCAUCAUUACCAUUUUUAAAAUUGUGGCUCCUUUGUCUCUUUUCUCAUUCUUGACCAAAGGUUGUAAUAAUUUCUCAGAAAGUAUCAAGUGAUUGCAUGUGGUGGAUAUUUUAUAACUGCUGUCUACAACAUAUGGUCAGUGUCCUGAAGACAACUGUAGGUAUCAAAUGGAGUCUCUUGUGUACUGCUAACCUGGUCUAAUAAGUAUUCCUGUCAAAAGUAUCAGCAGUAUCAGACAGACCAGGCAGCAUGCAGCCAUUUCUGCAUGGCAUUUCUAUUGCAUGGUGCUCCCACAGGAUGUGCAGCAAAAUCCUGUACACCAGUGUCAAGUGUUCUGAAGUCAACAGGAUUGUGUAGGAUAUGAAACAGUAGAAAUAUGGUUUUCUCAUCUUUGAAUAUGAAUAGUGUUUUUAUAUGUCAAGCUUUAUUAAUGUAUUUUUAAUCUAUUUUUAUUUCCAGGUAAUCUCAAGGUGAAGACAGAAAAUUAUGUUUCAAAGCCCCCUUAGUGCAAUUAAAUUCUGGCAGAUUUGUUUAGGUUUUGCAUAGGAAGGAAUGCUUUAUGUGUUGUUUUGUCUUGUGUCCAUUGCUACCUGGAAAAUACAAAUCCAAUUGUAUCUCAGGUUGCAUGGAAACCCAUUGGUUUCAUCAUAAUUAAUCUAAGAUAAUGCUAGAUUUUCUUUUGAUUAUUGAGAGAAUAACUUUCUUAAUUAUUGAGAGGAUUGAAAAGCAGCUUUAAGCAAGUUGCUUUGAAGAUUUCAAAAGUUAUCUGUAGGUCAAAAAUGGUUUUUUAUGUGGAGAGUGAGUGAACAAAAAUGUCUGUGGUCAGUUCUGUGUCAGCCAUGAGAACUGGUCAUCUAAAGCAGAGGUGACAGUGUCAACAAAGCAUUCUUAGAAGGCUUGAAAGCCAAAUCUUCAGCAUGACUUUUGGGCACCACAGGGCCUUAUGUUCUUGAGAGCAUUUGGCAUGGUCAUGGCAGGUCUGUAUGUGUACUGUGCACGUUACUUGUGAAACAGCUGUGUGUGUGAGUGUCUAUGUCUCUCUGUAUCUCUUGUCUGUGUGUCUGAAGAAGCUCUUCAGGAAGAUUUACCACCAUUGAUCUUUAGGGGGCUGAUUCUAAUAUUAUGGACUAUUUCAAAUUAUUGAUAUUCUCUGUGGCCAAUGGGCAUAAAUGUUUGUGAAGAAAACAGUGAGAGGGAAAAAGAGAGAAUUUUUAGGAAUAUGAGAGCAUGUUUUAAAAUUCCUUUUUACCCUACCUUUAUGUGACUGCAAAUACAUAGCAAAACAUGGAUGUUAUCUCAGUAGAAGCACUUUUUUCUCAACUCCAGUUAGUCCUCAGAUUUCUUUCAAAGCAGAAUAAAAAACUAUUACAAUUUAGAGAAUGCCAGUCCCUUUUACCUGGAUAACUGAGAGGCUCAGUUUCUGAAAGUGAGAAGGAAGGAAAUGUAUGAAGAUGUGCAGACACUUUAAAUACAGAACAAAAAUAAAAUAAUGCAGAAGUGGG